UUUAUCAUUAUCACCAACUGAUAUUAUGAGUAACAUUCGUGUUUUUGGCAGCUCAAUGCGUUUUCCGGGUUCCUAUCAUGUCACGUUGGAAUGUGGAGAUACUCCUCUUGGUAUUCAGGCGUCUUUGGCGCCACUUGCCAAGAGCGUCUAAAUGACAUUCACCCACACAGCUAUUUAUUCCGUAAGACACGUAGGGGACAACGUGUGGGCUGCAAAGUCGGCUAAAAGUUGCUAACUUCACUAUGUGGUUCCUCGGUUAGCGCUAAGUCCGACAUUAGCCAAAAACCCUGUGCUCUUGUAGCUAGCUAACUUCGACAGUCAUGGAGCACAUGAGGACGUUAAAGCCCUUGUUUACCAUUCCCCAACACUGGAAACCCAUCAGGUGUAUCCGAGCCAGAUAUUGCUCUAAUUUAGCUAACAGCGGUGUGACUUCUAAAGAGAGGAGGACAACUGUAGACAAGUUCAAGUCCCAGGUAUCCUCUGGUCCGAGCUUUCAGGAUUUCAUCAGAGGAGUGUCAGUCAAGAAGACUUAUGCCGCAGAUGGAGACUGCUCUGACCAUCAGAGUUAUCUGUCUGAGGACCUGGAGCUGGGGAAGUCAAGAAAAGUGUAUUUUGAAACCUAUGGCUGUCAGAUGAAUGUGAACGACACAGACAUAGCCUGGUCCAUACUACAGGGGAAGGGCUAUCUACGCACUGUUGACUUAAGUGAGGCAGAUGUUGUCCUUCUGGUAACAUGCUCCAUAAGAGAAAAAGCUGAAGAAACCAUCUGGAACAGACUACAACAGCUAACGGUUAUGAAGAAGAGACGGUUAAAGACGCAAACACCAAUGAAAAUUGGGAUAUUAGGGUGCAUGGCAGAGAGGCUGAAGACGGAGCUUUUGGAGCGGGAGAAGCUGGUAGAUGUUCUUGCAGGUCCAGACGCCUACCGGGACCUCCCCCGCCUCCUGACUGUAGCUGACGGAGGUCAGCAGGCGAGCAACGUGCUGCUGUCGCUAGAGGAGACCUACGCUGACAUCAUGCCUGUCCACCGUGCUCCUCAGGGAUACAGUGCUUUUGUGUCCAUCAUGAGAGGCUGUGACAACAUGUGCAGUUACUGCAUUGUUCCUUUCACCCGAGGGAGGGAGAGGAGUCGACCGGUGGGCUCCAUACUUGAGGAAGUUCGUAUGCUGUCUGACCAGGGUGUGAAGGAGGUGACUUUGCUAGGUCAGAACGUGAACAGCUACAGAGACACGUCAGAGGAGCAGUUCUGCAGCCCAGACCUGACCCAGCUCAGCCGGGGUUUCAAGACCGUCUACAGACCAAAACAGGGAGGUCUGCGCUUCUCCGACCUGCUGGACCGAGUGUCACGCAUCGAUCCUGACAUGAGGAUCAGAUUCACUUCCCCUCAUCCCAAGGAUUUCCCUGACGAGGUCUUGCAUCUGAUUGCGGAGCGCGGGAACAUCUGUCAGCAGAUCCACCUCCCCGCCCAGAGUGGGAGCAGCAAGGUCCUGAAAGCGAUGCGCCGUGGCUACACAAGAGAGGCCUACCUGGAUCUGGUGAGGAACGUCAGGAGAAUCAUCCCAGGGGUGAGUCUCAGCAGCGACUUCAUCUCAGGCUUCUGUGGGGAAACGGAGGACGACCACCUGCAGACUCUGUCUCUGAUCAGGGAGGUGGGCUACAGCGUGGGCUUCCUGUUUGCCUACAGCAUGAGAAAGAAAACACACGCCUUCCAUCGGCUACAAGACGAUGUGCCGGCGGAGGUGAAGCAGCGGAGGCUGGCGGAGUGUAUCGGCGUGUUCAGAGAGGAAGCUGCGAGGGUCAACGCCGCUCUCAUCGGCAGCACACAGCUUGUCCUGGUGGAGGGAGAGAGUAAAAGAUCUGCUCAGGACCUGUGUGGGAGAACCGAUGGCAACAUCAAAGUGAUUUUCCCCAAAGAAGAUGUUUCUGCUCAGCCUGCAGAGUCCAACAGUGCACCGGUCAAUGCUGGAGACUAUGUGCUGGUGAAGAUUCUGUCGGCCAACUCGCAGAGCCUGAGAGGCCGCGCCAUCAGCCACAGCUCCCUGAGUGGCACGGUGAAGCACUGCCAGCUGGAUGAACACGUGGCCUCAGACCUCAGCAGGACUGAGACCUGCCCUUGAUGGACCCGGGUGUCACCGCGGGAUACAAACUCUUAUUCCUAUGGAAAACUAGCACACUACCCCUUGUUGACAGUGACACAAAGAGGCUGGUUUUACUGGGAUCAGCUUACAGUCGCCCUGGACUGCUUUUGUAUACAGUCAGUACUUACUAGAGCUGCUAUGAUAAGUUGAUUAAUUGACUAGUGAGUCAAUAUGGAAAUCAUUGUUGGCUGCAGCACUAGUAAUAUCAAUGUGUAUGUACAAACUGAACUGCUGAAAAUACAAAAACCUGUCCAGAUGAUGUCAGAUAUAGUGAUUAUUUAAUACAAACGACUGCAUCUUAUGCGUUUUGUCUUGUGCUUGAUUGAUGGCUUCACGUUUUUUUUUUUUUUUUUUUUCUGGGA